UCAAGCAAGGCACCGGAGCCACUAUCCCCCAGAGCGCAGAGCUAGAGGCAGAGCAUCAUCGAGCUACACAGGCUUCAGCAGGCCGUUAUUCAUUUUAUCUAGACAAGAUGCAGGUCCACCAGGCUGUGUUUGGAGCCGCUGUGCUCGGCAUGCUGCUGGCCAUUGGCUGCUCCCUGCCCGUUCUGGAUGUCAGCUCCGGCAUCGACAACCAAACGAUCGAGGAGCUGCGGGCCAGUGUUAACGAUACCCCAAAGAAUCUGUAUGUGGUCAAGGCAGUGGUUUAUGAGAUCGGCAUCCUGACGGAAGUGGGCGAGAACGACACUAGUUUCGAGAGUCAGGAACGCGUUGACCUCACCUUCUACGACACGCACAGCAACAAGAGUCACAUUGACCUGGGCAAUAUACCGCUACCCAUCCAGACGAAUGUCACCGGCCAGGUGCUCACUGGUAUUGCGCCCGUGAAUCUUGGAGCUUUCAGUAGCCCCCAGGAACUGCUGGAGACGCUGCCGCUGACCGGAAGCAUUGUGAACAUUACCCACAGCGAUACGGCCUUCUAUCAGCUGAGCAAGUCCAAUACCAGUGCCGCCGACAAGCCACAGAUUCUCGACCAGGAUGCAUUGGGCAAGCUGACGCAUGCGGCUCAACUGUUCCCACCCUCGUCGCAAAUUGGCCAGGCACUGCCCGUCAAUCCGCCCACGGAUAACGAGGUGGCCCAGGCAGAGUCCGAGGACUAGGUCGGUUGGUCGCUCGUUCGUAAAUCUUCUCAUCCACAAAAGCUAAACGUGAUGCAGUGCGUUGCUCUCCCAUACAAGCCAAUGUUACAUAUGCCCUAGAUCUACUUAGUUUUAAUGGCUUCACAUACACAUACUUCAGAGUACCUACAGUGCUAGACAAGACUGGACGAGGACAAGAGAUCACCUUGGUCACAACUCUCCCACCAUCACACGGUUGGAAUUUCACUUUUUCUAUUUCGUAGAGUAAAAAUAAAUUU